AUGUCCACCAACAACCUCGCCAUUAAAACCAGCCAGUCGCCACCGGCAGAGGAAGACGACUCGUCCCAGGCGAUGCCCCUCUCCCCAGCGUCUGUCCGAAGCUAUCAGAAGAACAAGGCGCAAAAGAACAAGAAAAAGACCUCCAAGGAACAAUCCUUCUCGAAGGAGGAAACUUCAUCCGACGACGAUGACGGGGAGGCAUCCUACGAGAGCGACAAAAAGUCAGACGAAGACGACGAAGACGACGGUUUCGAUGCUGCUCACCUCGACCCCAGGCUAGAAGCGCUCGACGGAACAAUGAAACUGAAGACUGCAUCAGAGGAGGAAGAUCGAGAAGAGGAUGAAGAGGAUGACGACCAGGACUAUUCCAACGAGGAGGACGCAGAAUCCCCAGAAGUCCAUGCCGUGUCAGAUUUUAUUCCGAGUGUAAUGUUGGACAGCGACGCCAAGUUGGGAAGCAUAGCAAAAUCGUCGGAUGCUAUCUCACCGCCACCCUCAUUGAGUAUGCCUGGUAUUGCUGUAAACGGAGCUCCCGAUGCCGGUGCUGGAGAGCUCUAUCAGGACCCAACAAGCACAGGAUCAGGAGCUGCUGCUGCUGCUGCUGCUGCUGCCGCAAACCAAGGACAAGAAGAGCGAUUGCAGGAGCCAAUGAAGCCGCAUAUUGCGUUGCCGUGUCUGGUUGAGACUGCUAAGAACCCAGCCAGGACUCGCAUUACGCUCAAAUAUGCUGGAAACGACCAUUCGACACACAUGGAGAGGAGAGAGGAACAGGAGCAAAAGACAUCGACUCGCGGCCGCAAGAACUAUAUGGUGGCCACUGAUCUGUCGGGCGAGAGUUGGCACGCUACAGAGUGGGCGAUCACAACGAUUCUGCGCAACGGAGACGAGCUGAAUGUAGUGACAAUUGUUGAGGAUGACAAGAGUGAUACUAGCAAGGCCGUGAAGAAGGGUGUCCAGGCAGAGAUGCGAGAGGACGCCGAAAAACUGACAAAAAACAUUCACGAGCAACUGGAGCACACUUGUCUGAGAGAUAUUACAGUGGUCAUCCAUAUUAUUGCCGCAACAAAGUCCAUGGGCGCUAAAGAGCUUCUGAUAGAAAUGAUCGAUGAUUUGGAUGACUUGUCAACGGUCAUCGUAGGGUCGCGAGGACGAGGGGCUAUCAAGGGAUUGCUACUUGGAUCGAUCAGCAACUUCUUGGUCCACAAUUCGUCUGUGCCAGUAAUGGUGGUGCGAGCACCCAAAAAGUCCAAAGGAAAGAAGAAGACAAGGCGAGGUCGUUUUGUUGAGCAGACGAGAAGCGUCAAGGAGGCAAACCUCAAGUACGAGCAAGCGUUUGCGAACGAAGACUACUAG